GAUCACAGCACAGAACUCAACAAGCUACCUGGAACAAAAUGGAGGCUUUAAAUUGUCCACUUCUGAGCUUGUAACCGCUCCGUCACACCCGCGAAAGAAACCACAGAGCCCGAAGCCAGCUUUGCCACCAAAGCCACAAUGGAUGAAAGCGGCGGUCGUAGAUGAACCAAAGUUGUCGCCUCUAAAUAAAAGCAAUCCGGUGCCUCAUCAAAAUGCUCAACGUUACGCACAGCUUCCCACCGACAAGUUGAUUGAAGACACAAGCUCCACGCCUGCACCGAGGGACGAAAAAUCAAACCGCCACCCGACAAAGUCAAAUUCCACUGGAUCGGAGACGGGGAGAAAAGUCAUCCGGAAAAUGAAUGCGGCGAAGGAGAUGCACGACGAGUACGCGAAAGAUCAUGAGAACAAUUCCAAGCAUGAACUGAACAUAAGCUUGCAGGCUGCGUUCACUGAUUUUGAUCAAACGGGCGGUGGGACCCUGAACAAAAACGCCAAGAGCCCCCAAAAUGUCGUGAAUGUCAAAGGUGAGGUGAAGAAACCAUCGAAACACACAGGCACCGCUCAACACUGCAGUUCAAACCUCUCGCCUCCGGAUAAACAACACUUCAAGAGGGAUGAGUCCGAGACAAACAGUCCAGCGAGCGCGUGCCAAACAGCAAAAAACACCAAUGACAAUGAGAACAAAGUCGUUUUACGACAGAAGAAAGGCGGCGAGACGGAGAGCCAGAGACGACAGAGGCUUUCCUUGCACAUGGAAGAGAUCAUGAAAGGAAACGUGAAGGCCGCCAUGGAAAUCUUUGAAAGUAUGAGGAAACGAGAGGAACUCAAGGGAAUCUUGUCUCAGGUGCAGGAGAUUGAAGGACAAAACAGGAACGCAGAGGUGAGCUCGUUUAAGACAUUUUGCAACAACGUCCCCGGUCGGACGGUGCCAUCCGGCGACGAUUCAAAGCAAAGCAAAAUGGAAACACGGGACGACGACCUCGAAAGUGUUUCUUCGGUGGAAACCGCAUUUGAGGAUUUGGAGAAGGCAAGCAAGGAAAUCAUAAACCUGAAGGAGCAAACUUUGGCCAAGCUCCUUGACAUCGAGGAGGCCAUUAAAAAGGCGCUGUACUCCGUUUCCAACCUGAAAUCUGAGGCGGACAUCGCAGGCUUGUCAGGACUCUUUGAUGAAUCCUUGAAGUCAGAGCAACACGUUCAACCCGCCAGCAAUAUCCGGAAAAUCAGCAUCGUGUCAAGCAAGGCCAAAUCGGGUCAAGGAAACACACGCACAAAGAGUCACCCCGGUGACUCAAGUCUGCCCACGCAAGAAGCAACCAGGCAAGCAAACAACAAAGUUCCUAGCCAGUCAUAUUCCCAGUCGUCGCCGUCGUUUAUAUCCAUUCAUUCGGCUGCCCGAAAGCCCGUCGAACCACCAUUGAAGGACACCAUGACAACAAUCAAACUAGCAGCGGAGAGGAAUGGGCAAGAGGGCCUCACCCAAGGGUCCGUUCACAGCCCAGCAGAACGGAAGGUCAGCGUGCUGGAGGUGCAAACAGCUCCGGAGGAACCGGCGGGAAUCUUUGGCACAAAGACCGUCAGUGAAACAUACAAAGAGACGGACGGCUUUGGCAACGUGUUUGUAUCUUCCGUCACGUCGACAUUUGUCACCAAACAGUCCACCGACGAAUCGGCCGCUGUGUUUGAGGUGGGAGGGGCCCCAAAUGCAUUUGAAGUCGUGACAUCCCCGUUACCGCAAACGUCUCGUCGCCCUUCUGAGGACGAGGCGCCGAGUCAUACCAAUGAGAAAGGGAAAGUGUUUGUCACAUUUAGCCAACCCAAGGAAAAACGGUGAACGGAUGCAUCUCGCCAAGGAAUUGCAUUUGUGUUUUCGGGUUUUGUUUAGCCCCCCCC